UGUAGCUACAAGUUACAGUAAAUGUUGCGUCUUGUUCUGCACUAACUUGUAAGCCGAAUUCAUCACGACCAUUUUGUUUUAUUGCAGAUAGAGGUUAUCUCUUUCUUAUCUCAUUUAGUUUGUUGAUCAACACCGACUCAGCUCAUUGGCGGUUCACGUUACUGGAAGUAGUAGUUCUGCAAAUGUAGGUAGUAUGGCGGGGGCGAAGGUUCGGCUGGCAGGAUGGUGUCGGGGUCUGCUGCAGGGCCCCGCCGCGGUGGGGUUGCGCCCCACCAGUGAAGUGUGUCGGUUCAAGCGUGGAGACUAUGCACAACUCUCGAACUCACACCUCUCACACUUCGAGAGGCUGCUGGACAGAGGCAGGGUCAUCACUGACGAAGCGGAGUUGGACGCUUACAACGUUGACUGGUUCAAAACACUCAAAGGCAGUGCGAAAGUGGUGUUGAAGCCCAGAUCUACAGAAGAAGUGUCAGCCAUUCUCAAGUACUGUUAUGACGAGAAUCUAGCUGUCGUGCCUCAAGGGGGAAACACAGGUGUAUUGGGAGGAGCUACUCCUGUUUUUGAUGAAGUCAUCCUGUCUACAUCACUUAUGAAUAAGAUCAUUAAAAUUAAUGACAUCCCUGGGAGCAUCGUGUGCGAGGCAGGCUGUGUGUUGGAGACUCUGAACUCUGCUCUGGCAGAGCACGGGCUGAUCAUGCCACACGACCUGGGAGCCAAGGGUAGUUGUCAGAUCGGAGGUAACAUCUCCACUAACGCCGGUGGCCUCAGACUUCUGCGUUACGGCAGCCUGCAGGCUAACACUCUGGGGCUGGUGGCAGUGAAAGCCGAUGGAACCAUAUUGGAUUGUAUGAACACGCUCAAAAAGGACAACACAGGUUAUCAUCUGAAGCAUCUCUUCAUCGGCUCCGAGGGCACCCUCGGUGUUGUGACCGAGGUCGCUGUACAAUGUCCUCCGAGACCUCAGUCAGUCACCAUGGCCUUCUUAGGCAUGAGCAGCUUCGAGCAAGCUCUGCAGACAUUCCGACUGGCCCGGACGAUGUUGUCGGAGAUUCUCUCCUCGUGUGAGGUGAUGGACGCUGCUUCACUACGACUAACCACCGACACCCUCCGACUCCGCAGUCCUAUACCUGAACACGCUUUCUACCUUCUGAUAGAGGUCGCUGGCUCCAACCAAGGCCAUGACGAGGACAAACUCAACACUUUCCUGGAGACUGCCAUGAGCCAAGGGUCUACAAGUGAUGGCCUGGUCACAGCUGAGCCCUCUAAAAUGAAGGAUCUGUGGCAGUUGCGAGAGCGUAUCCCGGAGGCACUGUUCAAGAACAGUUACGCGUACAUGUACGACAUCUCCCUGCCGCACGACGACUACUACAACAUCGUACCUGUCCUCAGGGAGAGGCUCCAGGGUUCGGAAGCUUUUGCUGUCACUGGAUUCGGACACUUAGGGGAUGGAAACCUACACCUUAACAUCUGCAGUCCGCAGUUCUCGCCAGAGUUGCUCGCUCAACUCGAGCCAUUUGUGUUCGAGUGGAUCAAUGAGCGAGGAGGAAGUGUCAGUGCAGAACACGGCAUCGGCUUCACAAAGACACAGUUCCUCAAGUACAGCAAAAGCGAAGCUGCUAUCCGCACCAUGCGUCAGGUCAAGAGUCUCAUGGACCCCCGGGGCAUCCUGAACCCCUACAAGGUCCUUCCACAGGAGUAAAUCCAACAGUUUUGUCUCAUGGACCCCCGGGGCAUCCUGAACCCCUACAAGGUCCUUCCACAGGAGUAAAUCCAACAGUUUUGACUCAUGGACCCCCGGGGCAUCCUGAACCCCUACAAGGUCCUUCCACAGGAGUAAAUCCAACAGUUUUGUCUCAUGGACCCCCGGGGCAUCCUGAACCCCUACAAGGUCCUUCCACAGGAGUAAA